UGUACAAAUCCUGGAGGCUGGGCGGGGAGGCUCAAUGAUUCUUUCUGCUGUCCUGACUGUUCGCUGUUCCUUUCCUGCUGUGUGGCUGUUAUAAACAAGACUGUGAUAAUGUGCACUGGAUGGAUUCACUGACUGCGGUGUAGAACUGUGACAGACCAACGUUUCUGAGUUGCUGCAGAAAGUACAGUACAUCCUCUGCUGGACUUUUUUUGAGGAUAGAGUUGAUGUUAGGUUUCCACUUCAAGUCUUAUGAGUUGGCACAGGACUGUUGGAUAUAGUGAAGGGGAGCAUUGCAGAGGGCUGUCUCCUGAAGUCCACCAUCAUCUCCACUGUCUUGAGGGUGUUUAGCUCCAAGUUAUUCUGACUGCACCAGAACACCAACUGUUCAACCUGAAUACAUUGGGGGAGGGGGAAAAAAGAAGAAUAUUGUGAAUUAAUUGUUUGGGAGCUGAAAGAGUCGGUCAGCUGACACACUUGUUCUGAUUCGCUAAAAGAAACGCUUGUUUUCAAAUGUUGUUGGGAGUUGACUCGGAAGUAGCCAGGAAAUAGUUGCGGAGAUACAUAUUAGGUGGAACACAAUAAGGUGUACAGCUUUACAACUACGUGUAUUAUCUGGACUGAAAACUAUGGCUUGUACUGUGAAGAACAUUUCAGUGGCAUUUGAUCUCAUGAAUGAAAGCAUCACCUUUACGAAUGGAGACUACAUUUCCGGACAAGUAACUCUGGAGGUGGCGAAGGAAACUCACAUCAAGAGUCUGUUGAUCAAAGCCAAAGGGAAAGCAUCUGUACUGUGGUCGGAACAUUACGGCAAUAACAUCACAGUUACUUUUUAUGAUAAAGAAACAUGCUAUAAGUCAAUUCAGUACUUCAUUCAAGAAGAGAAAAAAGGUGACGAUGGAUAUUCACUGUUAACAAACGAGUUUGGGCAAUGUUACUCAAGAAUUAUUCAACCUGGAAUCCAUGUUUACCCUUUCACCUUUCAGAUUCCACACCAAGACAUGCCUGCAUCCUUCAAAGGCACCCAUGGAAAGGUGGUUUACUCUUUAGAAGCCAAAUUGUGCAGGUCAAUGUCAGUGCCAAAAAAAGCCAAAGUACAUUUCUACUAUGUUCCUCAAGGAGACAUGUCUACACCAGACUUGAUGAUGUCUCAACAUGGGUAUAAAGAAAAGAAGAUGAAAUUCUUCACAUCUGGGAGCGUAGCCAUGGAUGUUCAUACAGAGAAGACAGGUUUCCACUUAGGUGAGCAGAUAAAAGUGAAAGUAGACAUUGUAAAUAAUUCCUCUCGUACAAUCAAACCUAAGUUCAGCUUGUACCAGAAGCAGAGCUGCUUUGCCGCAAAGAAAAGAAAAGUGUGCACCAAAGAGCUCCUGAAAGAAAAAGGUGACCCCAUCGAUCCAUCAACCAAGCAGUGUGUGAUCAAGGUGUUGAAUAUUCCAGCAGAUACCUGUGUUUCCAUCCUCAACUGCAAAGUUCUCAAAGUGGAGUAUAGACUUAAGGUCUAUCUGGACAUAAAAUUUGCUAACAAUCCAGAAAUUAAACUGCCUGUGGUGAUUCUUCCCAUCAGUGUGACCCAAGAAAACGCAGAUGUAGCAAAUGCAAAGCCAAUGGACAUUGGCUUUGAAACAUGGAUGAGCAAGCAAGCGGACUUGAACCCGUUAUCUUUUGAUUAACUAUUAACUCUUAACCUUGGACAAAUGACACUUUAUUGGUUGAUUAUAUUAUAUGAUUAUGAUGAUGGGUGGCACGGUGGUGUAGUGGUUAGCGCUGUUGCCUCACAGCAAGAAGGUCCGGGUUCGAGCCGACGAGGGCCUUUCUGUGUGGAGUUUGCAUGUUCUCCCCGUGUCCGCAUGGGUUUCCUCCGGGUGCUCCGGUUUCCCCCACAGUCCAAAGACAUGCAGGUUAGGUUAACUGGUGACUCUAAAUUGACCGUAGGUGUGAAU